AUGCCAUACGCUCUCUCUGAUUCUCAUAAACAAUUAGUCGAAGGUCACUUAAAGGAUACCGAUCCAGAAGUUGAUUCUAUCAUUAAAGCUGAAAUUGACAGACAAAAACAUUCAAUUGUUCUUAUUGCUUCAGAAAACUUCACCACCACUGCUGUUUUCGAUGCUUUGGGAACUCCAAUGUGUAAUAAGUACUCUGAAGGUUACCCAGGUGCUAGAUAUUACGGUGGUAACGAACAAAUUGAUAAAAUUGAAUUAUUAUGUCAAGAACGUGCUUUAAAAGCUUUUAAUGUUACUUCUGAUAAAUGGGGGGUCAAUGUUCAAACUUUAUCCGGAUCUCCAGCUAAUUUACAAGUAUACCAAGCUUUAAUGAAACCUCAUGAAAGAUUAAUGGGUUUAGAUUUACCUCAUGGUGGUCAUUUAUCCCAUGGUUAUCAAACUGAUUCAAGAAAAAUUUCUGCAGUUUCCACCUAUUUCGAAACCAUGCCUUAUAGAGUUGAUUUAGAAACUGGGUUAAUCGAUUAUGAUAUGUUAGAAAAAACCGCUAUUUUAUAUAGACCAAAAAUCUUGGUUGCUGGUACUUCUGCUUAUUGUCGUUUAAUUGAUUAUAAAAAAAUGAGAGAAAUUGCUGAUAAAGUUGGCGCUUAUUUAGUCGUUGAUAUGGCUCAUAUUUCUGGUUUAAUCGCUGCCGGUGUUAUUCCUUCUCCUUUUGAAUACGCUGAUGUCGUUACUACCACCACUCAUAAAUCUUUAAGAGGUCCAAGAGGGGCAAUGAUUUUCUUCAGAAGAGGUGUUAGAUCAGUUAAUCCAAAAACCGGUCAAGAAAUCUUAUACGAUUUAGAAAACCCAAUUAACUUCUCUGUUUUCCCUGGUCAUCAAGGUGGUCCUCAUAAUCAUACCAUUGCUGCUUUAGCUACCGCUUUAAAACAAGCUGCUACUCCAGAAUUCAAACAAUACCAAGAACAAGUUUUGAAAAAUGCUAAGGUUUUGGAAGAAGAAUUCAACUCAAAAGGUUAUAACUUGGUUAGUAAUGGUACUGAUUCUCAUAUGGUUUUAGUCUCUUUGAAAGAUAAACAAAUUGAUGGUGCUAGAGUUGAAACCAUUUGUGAAAAAAUUAACAUUGCUCUUAAUAAAAAUUCUAUUCCUGGUGAUAAAUCAGCUUUGGUCCCUGGUGGGGUUAGAAUUGGUGCUCCUGCUAUGUCUUCAAGAGGUUUAGGUGAAGAAGAUUUCAAAAAAAUCGUUGGUUAUAUUGAUUUUGCCGUUAACUACGCUAAAGAAAUCCAAGCUAACUUACCAAAAGAAGCUAAUAAAUUGAAAGAUUUCAAAAACAAAGUCUUAAAUGGUGAAGAUGAUAAAUUAAAAGCUGUUAAAGCUGAAAUUAGUCAAUGGGCUGGUGAAUUCCCAUUAUCUGUUUAA